CGUCUUAUUGCACGACCGGCGCAACCCUCCACCUCUCGCGUCGUCUCGCUUGCGUGACAGAGGCUUGACAACUUGUCUUUUUCCUGGUCCCAUGGGAGACUGACCUUCACAAGGCAAUACCUAUGAUGUACCUAUAAGGCAGCUGACUCUUGAGUCCGCGUUAGCCCCACGCAAACUUUGAGCGCGCGACGGGGAUCGUUGUCUUGGCCGGGUCGCUUCACCAGCGUAGACGAAAAUGCGGCGGCGUCAAGGCCAGCUGCAUCCAUGGGGUUUUCUGCUGCGGCAGCGCGAUGGCGGGCUCGCCGCGCCACCCGUGGCGUUAGUCCACGACCACGUCGCGUUAGGUCGCGGCACGGCGCCUCCCCCGGGCGCGGCACAUGCCGUUGCGGGCAUGCAGCAGUGCCCCCUCCAGUUCAUUACUAUCGACGAUGAGCGCGUGAGCCGCCUGCACGCCGCGCUCACAGUGCACUGCAACAGCAGCCGGUGGCCGCCGCUGGUGACUGUGGAGGACCGCAGCCGCAACGGUACCUACCUCAACGGCUCGCCGCUGCGCCCCGGCGCCCCCGCCGUCCUGUCCAGCGGCGACGUGCUGUCGCUGGUGCUGUGCGUCAACCCCCUCACGCAGCUGUGCUUCGUGUUUGAGGAGUGCCCCGUGCCGCCGCCCAACUGGACACGAGCCGCCAACGCCCAAGAAGGCGCCGGCUCAUCAGCGCAGAGCGGCAACACUGCUGUCCGGCGACCAACCGCCACCGGCGGUGAUGCGCUGGGAGCAGGCGGAGCAGCAGGAGCAGCGGCAGGGGCAGCUCCCUAUCCGGUACUGCCAGUCGGCCUGCCUCGCGCCAGCGGCAACCUGAACGCGGCCCUGAGCGCUGCAGCUGUUGCUGCUGCGCUGGCGGCCGGCCGUGGCACGUCGCGCAACAGCCGCGGCCACCGCGCCGGCCGCAGCAACCGGUCUCCCGCCGCCGCCGCCACGUCGACUGCUGGCACCGAGACGCUGGGGCUGGUGGACCCGCUGGCGGCGGCGGCGCCGCACCGGCUGAGCGGCACGGGCUUCUCUGAGGGCGGCGUGGAGCAGUGGCCGUCGGGAGCUGGGCCGCGCGAGGUGACCAGCCCCCAGCCGUCGCUGCCGCCGGCCUCGCUGCCGCAGUCGCCCGACCGCCGCCGUAUCACACGGCAGUCCACGGGCAGUGGUGUGCCUCGCUCGCUGUCGCCUGACAGCAGUCCCACCUCGGUGGUGGGCGAGUCGGCACAUGGCUUCCCCCUGGAAGGCGGCGGCGGGCGGCGCCACAGCGUCCCGGUCGGCGGUGCCUCCUGGGACCGGCACGACGACCACUGGCCGGAGCCGCACAGCCCCACUGCCACUCCCCGCUCGCGCGUGCACAAUCACACCGUUGCGCAGGUCCUGGCGGCGCUGCACCCCAACCCGCUGUACGCCGACCACCUCACCGCGCUGGAGCUAGCGCCCGGCACGGCGCCGCCCGCCUCGCCGCCGCGCAGCCCCCGCUCGACGCCCCUGCGUGCGCCCGUCACUGGCGCCGCCGCCCGCGCCAGCCGCCCCAGCCGCCGCAGCACCGGCAGCGGCAUGGCCGCGGCUGACGGCCACCACCAGCGGCACCAGCGGCACCGCCGCUCCCGGACAGCGCACCUGGGAGCUCACCUGCUUGCCUUCGCCGCAGCGGGCGUGGCCGCGCCGGCGGACUCGGCGGUGUCUGCGGCUCGCGGCGGCAUUUCGCUGAGCCGCUCGCUCCCCCAACUGCUCCCCGUCGAUUUGGUCGGCAACCACCAGUUUCACGAGCUGCGGCUGCAGCAGCACUCGUCCGCCCAAGCCGGCGGCUACAUGUCGGCUGCGGCGGUGCCCUCGCUGUCGUCAGUGUCCGACUCCACACCUGCCUACGCCGGCUGGCCCGUCCAUGGCCUGGCCGGCAGCGGAGGCAGUGCCCCCGCUACCAGCGCCGCCACGAGCACGAGCAGCAGCAGCCGGCACAGCUUGCACAGCCCGCUUAGUCAGCCCAGCCUGCACAGCCGCUACCUACUGACCGGCGGCGCGGAGGCUGUGCUCAACAGCCCGCGGCGCCAGCGCUUCAGCACUGGCAGCGGCUUUGGACCGCCGCUGCCGGUGUUGCCGCCGCCGCCCUUGUCAUCGGCACCUUCGGCGUCAUCUGCGUUUGCAGAUCCGACCCAGGCCGAAGCCCUGGCCCAGGCCCAUCGCCGUCCGCGCGCUCUGUCCUACGGCUCUGGCAGCUUUGGCCUGGAGGAAGAGAACAGCGGUGGCGGCAGCGGCGGCAGCGGCACCCACACAGCCCUGGUUCCGAGGAUUUCAGCCCCCACGCUGGACGCGUUUGGGUCCGUGUCCGAUGCCCCCAUGCUGACACCGGCGCCGCCGUCUGCGCCCCUGCCAGCCUGCGGCUCCGGCUCCGGCUCUCCUCGUUCCGCCCCCGCCGCCGCCGCAGUCAUCGUGGGCGGCGGCCCAAGGUCCAGCCGCAGCUCGGCGUCGCGGCCGCAGUCCCGCCUGCUGCGCGUCAGCCGCCCCAACUCGCCGCUGCCUGGGUACGAGAACAGCGGUGGCGUGGGCUCAACCGGCUUCGCCGCUGCAUGGGCUGCAGGCGGCGCUGGUGCUGCUAGCUGCCGCGGCGGUGAUGUUGGUACCGCUGGUGCUGGUGCUGUGGAUGAGCUGGCGUAUGGCAUGGACAUGCAAGGGCAUGAGGGCGGAAACAACUGCGAGCUGCUGGCUCCGUUGCCAAGCUCGCCGCGCUUUGGGCCUGGAGGCCGCGGCGGCGCUGGGUCGUUGCCUGAUGCUGCAUCGGAGUUUGGCCAGGGUGCCAGUGGUGCAGGUUCUGGCGUGGCUGGGGCUGGAGUAGGGGGGACGGCGACCGCCGUGCCGCUGCGUCGGCUGUGCUCCGCAGCGGUGGCCGCGCUGGCGGCCGCCGCCGAGGCCACUGCGAGUGAGAGCGACACUCCCAGCGAGAUCACUUGCAAGGAGUUCUCCUUCUCCUCCCUGUCCCGUCCCACACUCUCCGCGCCCGCCGCCGCCAGCAGCCCGCCCGGUGCCAACCGCGACCCCUGCUGCAGCCCUUCAGUGCCGGCCAUCGCGCUCGAGCCCGCAGCCUCCGUCCCUACUGCCGCCGCCGCCUCUGUCAACCUUGAGGCUAGGCUGCACACCGCCGCAGCUGACGGCGGCAGCGGGGGCAGCCCGCGCUUCCUCCGCCGCACGGUCUCCGCGAACGACGGCCCGCAGGCACAGACCCUGCACAGGCAACAGCAGCUACAGCUUCAGCAGCAGCAGCACUUUGGUAAUGCCUCUGAUGCAUUUCUGGUGGCGGCGGCGGCGGCAGGAGCUCCUCCAACUCUCCGUGUGUCAGCGUCUUCCGUAAGGGCUGCUGCACCAGGCCCGCAGCGCAGCGUAAGCGCCGGCUCGCACGGAUGCAGUAGCAGAAGCGUGGCCAGCAGCGCGGACUGUGCUGCUGCCAGUGAGGUCAGCGGCGCCUACCCGGAGGGGCCGUGGCUCCAGCGGGGCGGCGUGGAGGCGGCGCUCCAGCACUCCCCACAAGCCGCAAUGGUGGCUGUAGCAGCCGCAGCAGCACAGCUGUACGGUGGCGGCGCCGCCACUGGUGGCGCCGCUAGCAGCCUGCCCACGGCCAGCCGCCAGCUACAGUGCCGCUGCAGCGGCACUGGCGGCGGUGGUGAGAGCAGCGGCAGCGGCACGGGGCUGAGUGACGCGUCCAUGCCCUCACCCAGGUGGGCUGGGGCACAUGGCGCUGGAGAGGACGGGGGCUCCAGCAGCACCCCCAGUAGCGGCCGCCCGCAGCGCCUGGCCGCAGGCCGCCACCCCAACCGCCGCCUCACGCGCUACGGCGAGUGCCUCGACACGCCCUCGCCGCGCAGCCCCGCCGUCACCAGCAGUAGCCAUGCUGGCGCCGGCGCCUCACCCUUCCGUCACGCAGACUCGUAUCGCCUGGCGGCACUCGCGGCUCUUGCCGCUGCCUCCCCGGCCGCCGCCAGCCCGGUGCCGGUGCCAGCGGCUGCGGCAGUAGCUGCAGCGGCUACCCAGGCGGCGCCGUCGUGGCCGUCACCGGCGCGCGCCACCCGGCCGCGCGGCGCCGCCUCCCCCGCCUGCCGCCGACUGCGGCUGGAGGGCGCUGAGCCGCACGACGCUGCGGCGCCGUCGCCUUGCUCUGGGGCAAGAAGCAGCCGCAGCUGGCUACAGCAUGAUCUCAGUGGCGGGGGCGCCGUGGCGGAACCGGCGCGCCCGCUGGCGCCUGGAGUGGUGACAUUGCCUGUAUAUGUGGCUCGCUCCGAGUCGGAGGGCUCGGCGUUGCGGUCCGCCGCGCCGCCACCGGCAUGGCCCCGCGCGCAGGCCGCUGCCGCCUGUCCCUCGCUGCCGUACACGCCGUCCUCGCUGGUGCGAUACCUGGACUCGCGCCUGGGCUCCCUGGCGGCGGCGGCGGAGGCGGCGGUGGCGGAGGCGGGUGAAGAGAUUGGCGCGCAGCUGGCGUCACUGGAGGCGGCUGCAGCUGUGGCUGCGGCUGGCGGUGCCGCGGGCGGCGGCGCACGCUCACAGUCGCGCUCAGCCGCGGCGCCGGGUCUAAAUUUGGAGCUAGGUUUGGAUCUGGACCUACCUGCGUUGCCGCCGGUUCCGAUGCCGACAGCCAUCGGCUUUGGCGGCGACGGCACUCUCGGCAACCGCCGCUUCAAUGCGGCUGCGCCCAGCUUCCGCGGCUACCAGUCACCGGAGGGGAUGCUGACGCGUGCCGGCGGCGGCGGUGAUGAGGCCCUGACGCCACGGAGUGGCCAUGGCAGUGUCUGUGGCAGCACCGGAGGCGCCGCCGCAGCUUCUUUUGAUGAGGCCCGCAGCUCUGGCGCCGGAGGCGACGGUGGCCGCAGCCCCGUCGGCAGCAGCGGCAGCUGCGCGCGUAGCUGCGUGGGCAACGCGGCUGCCGGUGGCGCAGCGUCGCGCUUGGCGCUUGGCCGCGCCUUGAGCACAAGCGCGACAGUGGGCUCGCCGCGCGCAGGCCGGCGUGCUCCGCUGGCAGCAGCCACGGACAGCGGCUGUGACCUGGACCACAGCCCGCCGCACAAGCCCAUCAACUCUACCUGCGCCACCCCGCGCAAGCAAAGCCCGCCGCACAAGCCCAUCACGUCCACCUGUGCCACGCCGCGGAAGCACACGCCGCGCGCUUCGUUCAGCCAAAGCCACUCCCAGGUAUUCCACGAGGACCAAGGCUGCGACCACCACCACCACGGCCACCACCGCCAGCUCUCCCGGGGCGGCGGGGACUGCCUGCUGCUGCACGACCAGGCCCAGGGACACAGCCGGACGGCUGCUGCAGCGGCGGCCUCAGUCACGGCCGCCAGGAGCGGCAGCAGCUCACAGGGCCUGCCCCUCCAGCCCUCGCCCUCAGGCCGCCCUCCCACCGCCGAGUCCGACACACUGCCGCUGCACGACGCCGGCAGCGGCAGCUGCGGCAACAGCAGCGGCGGCGGCUGGAGUGCGCAGGCCAGCAGCCGCGAGGGGUAUGCUUAUGCGUACGGCAGCGCCGGCUGGCCCGGCGAGCAGUGCUACCCGCCUGCUGCCCACUACCACUACCAGCAGCACCAGGACCGACAGGUGCUGCAGCUGCACAGCCGUCGGGUCAGCGGCGGCGCGGCCAGCACACUGGAGGCGCCGCCGCCGUCAGAGGUGGACGUGGCCAGGGCGAUGAGCACCGGCCGCGGCUGCGACAACGCCGAGGGCGAUGGCGGUCUCAGUGUCGGUAUGGGCCACGCAGGUUGGGGGCCACAGGCGCAGGCGGCGGCACAGCAGCAGCAGCAGCAGCAGCAGCGCCGUGUGUCAGGUGUUUCGCGUGGCAGCAGCAGCAGCUGUCGGCCCAGCACGAGCGGCAGCGGCUGUAGCAGCGAGUUCUGGGCGGCGGCGGUUGUGCCGGUGGACCAAUCCCCCGCUGCCGCCGCCGGUGCCCGCGGCGUGGUGCAGCUGGCAGUUGCGCCUGCGCUGUCGCGCUCGAGCCUGAGCCCCCUCAAGGUGGACGUGCGGCAGGAGGACGGCGUCCCAGGGGCGGAGGGGCCCGCCACCGGCAGGCUGGCUGGGUCCCCAGGUAGCUCGCAGCUGGUGUGCGGCCUGUGUGCUGGCGGCUUGCGGGCUGCGGUGGCGCUGACGCCGUGCGGCCACUCCUUCUGCGCCGAGUGUCUGGCAGGGCACCUGGGGUCGGCAGUGCUGGGCGGAUCGCGCGUGGGCUGCCCCAACCGGUGCCCUGCUUUUGAGGCGGUCGUCAUCAACCAUCCGGCCCGCCGCCUGGAAAGCAAGCGGUCCAACGCGACCACCGCUACAGCCGCCCCACGCUCCCACGCCCCCGCCCGUGCCCAGCCCGACGGUCAAUGUGAGUCAUCUCCCUUUGAAGCCCCGGCUGCGGCUGCCGCCGUCGCGGCGCACGCCGCCGCACGCGCAAGCGCCGCCUCGACGCCCGUGCGCGGUGCACGCGGCGGCUCUGACCCCGGGCCUGCCGCAUCACCCGCGCUGCGUGCGGCUGGUGGCGCCACCAGCAGGCUGCGCACGCGCAUGGGCAGCCGCGGCAGUGGCUACGGCCCCAGCCCCAGCCGGCGCCGGGAGGGGGCGGGCACGGGCAGCGAGCCAGGGGCGUGGUCGGAGAUGCUGGCGGACGCAGCACUGCCCGUGCCCGCCAUCCGCCUGCACCUGCAGCAGGGCGAGGUGCUGCUGCGCGCCCUCAGCCAGCUCCUGGACGACACGCCCCAGCUGCCGCCGCCCCCGCCGCCCUCCAUCCCCGCCGCCACAGCCACCACCACCACAACCAGCACCGCCGCAGCUGCUGCCGCCGCGGCAACCACCCAGGCGGCGACAGCAGCGGUGCGCGAGGCCCGUGCUGCGGUGGUGGAGUGGCGGCGUGUGGUGCUGGACGUGUUGGGCUGCCUGGGCCGCCUGGCACUGGAGCACGUGCGGGUGCGGGAGGCGCUUGGCGCGGCGGGCGCGUCCCAGGGCUGCGUGCUGGCGCUGCGGGCGGUGCAGGCGCAGAUGGCGGCGGCGGAGCUGUGCACCAAGGGCGGCGAGCGGAGUCUUGUCGACAAGGAUGGCAUUGUCAAGAAGCCAACAGUGGCGGAAGCCGAGAAGGAGGCAGAGGCUGCGCUGGUAGCGGAGGAGCGGGCGACGGCGCAGGACACCAGCCGCGCGGCGUGUGUGCUGCUGUGCCACCUGCUGAACCCACCGGCGCCGUCGCCGCCGGCCGAGACGGGUGCCACAGAUUCGGAGCAAGCGGUGUGCCGGCAGCAGUCCAACCAAUGGGCGCUGGCGCGCAUGGGCGGCGCAGAGGCCUUGCUGGCGCUGCUCCUGCCUGCGCAGGAGCCAGGCAAGGGGGCCACCGACGCUGGUGGCGAGGGCGCCGGUGGCAAUGGCAACGCGGAGCGGCGGCGGUGGUCAGGGCAGAUGGCGGCGGCGCUGACGGCGCUUCAGAGGAUGGUCGUGGGGAACAUCAUGACUCAGACCCACGUGGCCGAGUGUGGGUCUGCCGCCGUCAUCCGCACGCUGGCCGCCGCCACCCGCGCCGCCGCCGCCUCGGGCGAUGAGGCCGUACAGGCGGCGGCGCUGCGGCUGCUGGCUGACGUGGCCCGUGGCGGCGACGCCGCACACGCCGCAGUGCGGCAGAUGCUGCUAGAGGCCGGCGCACUGGGGGCGGCGCUGGCGGCGCUGCGCGACAGCGUGGCUGCUUUCGGCGGCUGCAAUGGAGGAAGAGAAGGAUCUGGGAAUAGCGGAUGCGCUGACGGCGGUAGCGCCGCCAGCUCGGGGAUGGAGGUCAGCCCGGUGCUGAUGGCGGCGCUGGACGCGAUUCAUGUGUUGAUGGGUCCGUCGGAGCAGCACGUGGACGGAUCUGAGCCGCCGCUGGCGCUUCAGGCGGUGGUGCGGCGGGAGUUGCGGCGGCUGGGCGCGCCGCGCCUGCUGGCGGACUGCGUGCGGGAGCUGCGGCUGCAACAGGAGGACGAGCAGGGCGAGGGCCGGGCCCAGGAGGAGUGGGAGCGGGCGAGCGGGCGCACGGGCCACAGCAGGCAUGCCCCUGAUGGUCGCGUGCUUCCCGGAGCAGUAGCAGGAGCAGGAGGGAAGCAGCCGCAUCCACGGCCCUGGGACGGGUCGCGGUCGCGGGAGGAGCGGGGUUCGGCGGGUGGCGAUUGCCUCGGGUGCAGCCCCGUGCUUCGGGCGAUGGCCGAGCUGCAGGCGCGCGUGUGUGCAGUAGCAGGUGGUACGGGCUGGGUGCGUUGUGUGGUGCAGAUGUUGGGCGCAAGUCCCGACGGAGUGGGGCAGGCUGGGCGUGGUGGCGUUGAUGGCGGUGGUGCGGCGAUGGCAGCGGUGGCGGCGCAUAGGGUGCAGUUGCGCCUUCUCGCGGUGGCAGCAGGUGGCGGGUUUGCGCUCGGUGCCGCGGUGACGGGGGCAGUGGCAGCGAUGUGGAUGGCUUGAUUUUGGGGUGGUGCUAGCAAGUGCGUUUGCGACUUUGGUGUGACAUUGCACCUUCAGGAGAAGGCAGGCAAGGGUUGAGGUGUAGGUUUGGCCGUUGUCCGGUUGGCAAGUGCUGGCCUGUUUGUUGAGCUGUUGACUUUAUAGUGGCUGUACCUUUGGGGGGUCGGCUUUGUUGAACACACGCCCACCACAUUGUUUGCGCAUCGGGACGCUAAGUUGGCGCAAGCCACGGUUGCCCACCCAAAAGCCGGCAGCUGGUAGGGCCAUGUGCAGCGUGGAAGUUGCUCUGCUGGUAGGGCCGUAUGCAGAUUUGAAAUAGCUCUGGUGUUGGCCGAGGAAGGCUGCGGAGGGGUCCAUGGGUGCGGCUGUGUUGGGGCAGGUGCUAGCCCGGGGGACUCCCCGUGGGGACUCCCUGGACAUGCCGCCGUGUGAAUGGUCAUUUGCAGGACAUUGGGUUGCGGGGCGUAGGGGAUUCUAGUAGAUGGAUGCAGGCAGGACAGCUCUGACAUUCAUCAAUUGAUGAUAGGCUGCAGGACGCAGUAUACGGCUGUACUUGCAUGUGUGUUGAGCCGAUGGGUUGUUGACGUCUCCUGAUGCGUUGGGUGGCUGGGUCGCCACGGAGCAAUUAGCGCCACGGGCCAAUCGUAAAGGUUACAUGUUUUGCUAGACAAAAUGAAUGAAGAGAAAACCAUUGUCAUUGGUAGGAAAACUUCUCCGUCGAG